AUGGGGAGGAGGCUGCGCCUACGCGGGGACGCGUCGCUUACGCUGGUCCUCGGCGCCGCCCUCGGCCUCCUACUCUAUGCGCAGCGCGACCGCACUGCCCCGACCACAAGCGUGCCGCGACCGCGAGGGAGGGCGGCACCAAGGCCCACCCCAGGGCCCCGCGCGUUCCAGGUACCAGACGCGGGUGCAGCCCCGCCGGCCUACGAAGGGGACACCCCAGCGCCGCCCACGCCCACGGGACCCUUUGACUUUGGCCGCUACUUGCGCGCAAAGGACCAGCGGCGCUUUCCGUUGCUCGUCAACCAGCCGCACAAGUGCCGCGGCGACGGCGCACCUGGCGGCCGACCCGACCUGCUCAUCGCCGUCAAGUCAAUGGCCGCGGACUUCGAGCGGCGCCAAGCUGUGCGCCAGACAUGGGGAGCGGAGGGUCGCGUGCAGGGGGCGCUCGUGCGCCGUGUGUUCUUGCUGGGCGUGCCCAGCGGCGCAGGCACGGACGGGGCGGACAAGCGAACGCACUGGCGCGCCCUGCUGCAGGCGGAGAGCCGUGCAUACGCAGACAUCCUACUCUGGGACUUCGAUGACACUUUUUUCAACCUAACGCUAAAGGAGAUCCACUUUCUGGCCUGGGCUUCGGCCUUCUGCCCCGACGUGCGCUUCGUUUUCAAGGGCGAUGCCGACGUGUUCGUGAACGUGGGAAACCUGCUGGAAUUCCUGGCGCCGCGGGAUCCGGCGCAGGACUUGCUUGCUGGUGACGUGAUUGUGCAGGCGCGGCCAAUCCGUGCGCGGGCCAGCAAGUACUACAUCCCCGAGGCUGUGUAUGGCCUGCCAGCCUAUCCGGCCUACGCAGGCGGCGGUGGAUUUGUACUUUCCGGAGCCACGCUGCGCCGCCUAGCCGGCGCCUGUGCGCAGGUCGAACUCUUCCCUAUCGACGAUGUCUUUCUGGGCAUGUGCCUGCAGCGUUUGCGGCUCACACCUGAGCCUCACCCUGCUUUUCGCACUUUUGGCAUCCCCCAGCCUUCCGCUGCGCCGCAUCUGCACACCUUCGACCCCUGCUUUUACCGCGAGCUGGUUGUCGUGCACGGGCUCUCAGCCGCUGACAUUUGGCUUAUGUGGCGUCUGCUGCACGGGCCACAUGCACCAGUCUGUGCGCAUCCACAGCCUGUCGCUGCAGGCCCCUUCCAGUGGGACGCCUAGCUACCCCUCACAGCCCCAAGCUCCUCAUUCAGACCCAGGUUGGAGGAGG